AUGCUUCACCAUUUGAUGGUUGGGACGUGGACUCCGCCUGGUGCCAUAUUCACAUUUGAAUUUGAUGAUGAGGCAUUGACCUUGAAAAUGAUCAAGCGAACUUCAAUUCCUGAAGAUGAACCAAUUUCAUGGAUGACCUUUAAUCAUAAGCGGAAUACCAUAUAUGGAGCAGCUAUGAAGAAGUGGUCAAGUUACACUGUCAAAAGUCCAACGGAGAUUAUUCACAAAGCAUCACAUCCAAUGGGUCAUUCUCCAUUAGCAGCAAGUCCAGAAACAAACACUCGAGCAAUCUUCGUUCUGGCUGCACACAAGCCACCGUAUCAUGUAUACGGAAACCCGUUCUAUGAUCACGCGGGUUGGGGUAAUAUCUUCUCAACUGAUCAACACGGAGCGCUAGAAAAAUGUGUUCAAAACUAUGAGUAUAUGCCAAUCACUGGAAUUCAUGGCAUGGUAUUCGAUGAAAGUGAGACAUAUCUUUACUCUGCGGAUUUACGUGGAAACAAAGUAUGGACACACAAGAAAGAUCCAGAAACGGGUCAUCUGACGUUGGCAAAUUGUGUUGAAGCUCCUGGUCCCAAAGAUCAUCCUCGCUGGGUUGCAAUCCAUCCAUCAGGAAAAUAUCUCUAUGUUCUAAUGGAAGCUGGAAACCGUCUUGCAGAAUAUGUCAUUGAUGAGUCCACACACUUUCCCGUUUUCACACAUAAAGCAUACCCUCUCAUCCCACCAGGAAUCCCAAACGUCAAUGGAAAAAUGUACCGUUCAGAUGUCUGCGCUCUCUCUUCAAGCGGCAAAUACCUCUUCGCAACCUCAAGAUCAAAUGACUUCAAGGUGACUGGCUACAUUGCUGCAUUCGCUCUAGGUCCUUCAGGUCAAAUCGAAAGACAAAUCUGCUUAAAUCCUACGCCAACAAGUGGAGGACAUUCAAAUGCCGUCAGUCCAUGUCCGUGGAGUGACGAAUACCUUGCUUUGACGGAUGAUCAGGAAGGAUGGAUUGAGAUUUAUAGAUGGAAAGAUGAGUUUCUGGGUAGGGUGGCUCAUUGUGAUGUCAAGGAGCCGGGAUUUGGUAUGAAUGCUAUUUGGUAUGAUUGA